AUGUCCGUCGAUCCAAUGACCUAUGAGGCCCAGUUCUUUGGCUUCACACCACAAACUUGCAUGCUCAGGAUCUACAUUGCAUUUCAAGACUACCUAUUUGAAGUGAUGCAGGCUGUUGAACAGGUUAUUCUGAAGAAGCUGGAGGGCAUCCCAAACUGUGAGAUUAGCCCAGUCCAGGUUCGUAAGUGCACAGAGAAGUUUCUUUGCUUCAUGAAAGGACGUUUUGAUAAGCUUUUUGUCAAAAUGGAGCAGCUGUUUUUACAGUGGAUUUUGCGUAUUCCCCCAAACAUCUUGCUUCCGGAAGAUAAAUCUCAGGAGAUGCAUUCUUAUAGUGAGGAAGAAUUCCAGGUUCUCCAAAAAGAAAUUGAACAGUUACAGGAGAAGUACAAGACUGAAUUAUGCACUAAGCAGGCCCUUCUUGCAGAGUUAGAAGAGCAAAAAACUGUUCAGGCCAAACUUAAACAGACAUUGGCUUUGUUUGAUGAGCUUGAAAAUGUUGGCAGAAAUCAUGGGACUAGUGAUUUCAGGGACAGCUUGGUGUUCCUGGCCCAGAACUCCAGAAAACUCCAGGAUAUUAGAGACAAUGUGGAGAAGGAAAGCAAAAGACUGAAAAUAUCUUAAUUUCUAAAUAGUAAAAGGAGCCAGUCAAAAGUAGGUCUGUA